AUGAGUUUAACCCUUAAUCCAAAACCUUUUUUCAAUGUUUUGACAGGAAAGCUAGCAAUGGUGAAAUAUAACAAAGGAAUGGAAUGUAAAGGCUACCUGGUAUCUGUAGAUGGCUACAUGAAUAUGAAGAUGUAA